AUGCAUAACCUAUUGAAGAAGGGAGACAAGUAUGUCGAUGCGGAGGAAGCAGAGAAGAUAACUAAAAAUCUCAGGGAUGGAAGGGAGGCAGAAGUUCAUAAGCGAAAAACAUAUGACGAGCAAAAGCACACUAAUAAGAACAAGCUGAAAAAUGAACGCAUGAACAAGGGUUAUGCCCAAAACCGGCCGGUUAGGCAGAAGCAAGAGGAGCACAUGAAAAAGCUCGAAUGGCCUAAACCGAUGCUAACUCCUUCCGACAAGAGAAAUCAGAGUAAGUACUGUCAUUUUCAUAGAGAUCACGGGCAUGAUACCAAAAAAUGCCUACAAUUAAAGGAAGAAAUUGAGCACCUGCUAAGACGGGGACUAUUGGCUAGGUAUGUGAAAAAUGACAAGAGCAAGCAAAGGCUCGAAGGUCUACCCCCACCGAGGGCAGGAGUGAUAAACAUGAUCAUCGAAGGAAUAGCAUCAGGCGGCGACUCAAAUUCGGCUAGAAAAAGCUAUGCGCGUUCCGCAGGGGUCUGCUCUAUUCAGAAAAAAACAAGAUUCAACCAGAGCAUUACUUUCGAUAAAGGGGACUUGAUUGGUGUGACGCAUCCCCAUGAUGACGCCUUAGUAAUAGUAGGCGAUAUAGCGAAUUUUGACGUGAAAAGGGUGUUAGUCGACGAAGGAAGUGCGGCAAAUGUCCUCACCUGGGAUGUCUUCUUGGGUCUAAAAGUUCCCCAAGAGAAGUUGAAGAUGGUGACUACCCCCCUUUUAUAA